AUGCUGUUGAACAAGUUCAAAGUUGAAGGUCUUCUAGCUGACGGAGGUUUCGCUCAAGUUUAUGCUGCUGUUCAUGAGGAUACACAGACCCGAUGGGCAGUGAAAAUCGAAUCGGAGAAAUGUGACCGGAAACGCAUGAAACUGGAGAUCAUGGUGCUUAUGCUACUUCGAGGGAAGCAAAACGAGCUCAAGAGAGGUAUAGGCGGCUCUCAAAUAGUUGUUUUGGAAUUGCAGGCAAAUAUCCCAGAAAUCAUGGCGAUGGGUACAUGCCCCACAGGACAUUUUAUCAUUCUGGAGUUGGUGGGCAGAAAUCUGAGCGACCUUCGUCGUCAGUUGCCGCAAAGGAGGCUCUCACAUGGCACACUUUACAGAGCUAUGCUUCAGGUAACCCAUGCGCUGUCACUCGUUCAUGCCAUCGGAUUCCUUCAUCGUGAUCUGAAACCGUCAAAUUGUUGUGUUGGCGUUGACGAUCUUACGCGUAUCUAUUUACUUGAUUAUGGGCUCACUCGACAGUAUCUCGAUAGUGCCGGUCAAAUAAGGAAACCUCGUGAGAGUAUCGGCAUGCGAGGCACGCUACGUUACGUGAGCCUUGAGGCGCAUGCCAGACACGACCUGGGACCGAGCCACGAUCUCGUCGCUCUGCUUUAUUCUAUAGUAAGUCCACCUGGUAGUUGUACUAUAUUUAUGAAAUGGAUCUCGCACCUUCAGCAUUUGUCUAAUUAUCUGAUGAGCUCUUGA